AAUACGUAUCAUGAGUUUGAACCGACGGAAAUAUAUUUUUCACAAAAUCUGGUCCGACGCAAACGCAUUGCCACCGCAGGCUUCGCUUUCGCGUUUGCGUUUUGCGUUUGGUGGCUUCACCGUGGCUUUCUUGGGCCGCAAGUUCCUCGCCUUGGCUUGUUCCCAUCGUGAUUCCUGCGGCUAAGCUCUCGGCUUCGGCUUCUUGCUUGCUUCUAGGGCUUUUUCUCUGCAGCAACUACAUGUUUACCCCUUUUCUUCCGAUAAAUUACAUCUUUACCUCCACCUUAUAAUAACCCCUUUUUGGGCCGAGCCUAUGAGUACUGAAUUGGGCCGUGGGCCAUUUAGACGAGGCCGUCAGUAUCAUCCAACGGUGACGAGCGGAGUGUAAAGGGCUGAAGACCUUGCAGAUGAUGCCACGUGGACUUGCCUGCUUAUAUAUGGGAUGCAAACCUAUUUAUAUUCCAAUCUUGUUUUUUCUUCGCCACUCUGAUUCCUUCCACCCGUUGCUCGCUUUCGAAAUUCCUGGAUUUUGUUCACGUGCACUUUCGAACCUCGGGUUCUCUCGCCUGAGAUUUUCCCGGGAAAAUCUUCGUUUCUCCUUUUUUUUUCUGAGCAAGUUAAUCGAAAAUUGAGUAGGUAAAGCUCCGGAUAUGGCCGCGUCAACCACGACCAGCGCCGUCUACAUCCAUGUCAUCGAGGAUGUCAUCAGCAAGGUUCGAGACGAGUUCGUCAACAGUGGGGAAUCGGGAGAAAUUGCCCUUACCGAGCUUCAAGCGAUUUGGGAGACGAAGAUGAUGCAUGCCGGAGUAUUAAGUGGUCCGAUAGGCAGGUCGUUUGCUCAGAAGCCAACACCAGGAGGAUCAUUAACUCCCAUGCACGACCUCAAUGUACCGUACGAGGGGAACGAGGAGUAUGAGACUCCCACAGCCGAGAUGCUGUUCCCUCCUACCCCUUUACAGACUCCCGCACCAACUCCACUCCCUGCAUCAACCCCACAUCCUGGAAGUUCUGAUAACUCGACAUAUAAUUAUCCCACUCCUGCGGUUGAAAAUGGCAUUAACAAUUCUGUCAAAGGUCUCAGGCCUAGUCCAUACAUGCAAAUUCCUUCUCCAUGGGCCAACCAAAGGCCACAUAGUGUUGAUGUCAAUAUUGCUCCUAUUGAAGGACAGGAAGAUGUGGACAGAGGAAACUCCAGCCAACCAUUGGCACAGGAUCUCAUGACUGGAAAGAGAAAACGUGACAACUUUUCUGGGCAGUACUCAAAUGGUGGAUAUAUACCCCAGCUAGAUGGAGCAGGGGAUUUUGUCCCAGAUGUAAACCAAGGGGGUGGUUCACUGUGCGAGGGAGAUACAGAUAAGCCAUUCUGUGUAGAGAUCCAGUCAGCUUUGACAAAAUCUUCUUUGAAGAUUCCUCAAAUGGAUGGGCCGAAUCCAGAUAUUUAUGAUGAAAUGCUUUCUACUCCCAACAUCUUCAAUUACCAAGGAGGCAGCGAAGACUAUAACAUCGCCAAUACCCCUGCCCCGAACGAAAAUACUCCAGUUCCUGUGCAAAACGAAAUAAAAGAUGAAGAAGACGAUGAUGAGAGUUUGAAUGAAGAUGACGAUGAUGAGGAUGACUUGGAUGACAUCAAUGACGAAGAGGAUAUGAACACACAGCACUUGGUCCUUGCCCAAUUUGACAAGGUGACUCGCACAAAGAGCCGGUGGAAAUGCACCCUCAAAGAUGGCAUAAUGCACAUAAACAACAAAGACAUUCUUUUCAACAAGGCCACUGGAGAGUUCGACUUCUGAUAGGGAAGUGCCAGUAUGUCUGACUGGAGGUUAUUUUCUAUUGCUCUCUGCUCCUUUUGUCUCUUGGAGUUUAUUUAUUAUCCACCAUUGUACAUAAAGAAAGAGCUUCCCUUUAGGUGGGGGGUUUUCUCCAAAGUCUGUGGCUUAUUACAGGUUUUGGUCUUCUGUUGGAUUGUAAUUCUCCACAGCACGUUUUCACCAACUCCAGGUUUAAUGUGACGACUCAACUCUCGUUUUCCUGUGGCAUAUGUCGUUUAGACAGUGUGUGAAUUAGAAGCUUGAAACACUUUGUA